AUGUGUGCUCAUAAUGUGGCUUUAGCAUGGGACAGGACCGACGACCUUGGGUUUUUUGUGCAGACAGGGGGCGAUUCUGGGGAUGGAUGGACAGCGUCCGGUGUUGCAAGCGCUCUCCAGGACUACCAAGAGUCAGAAGAGUCCCGUCUGCGCCGCAGAAGGAUUUAUGAGCAACGGGUGGAGCGUCAGGAUGCAUUAGAUGCUGCUCAUGCGGAAAGGCAAAGCACUAUGACCAAUUGGGCCCUUGCUCGCAAUCGUCGUGAGGCAGGCAAAGCUUUCCGCGAUCGUCUCAAGGCAGAACUGGACAAUGCGAGGGAUCAUGGGUUCUCCUUUCAAAGGGAUCGCAGCCGUCCCGUCGCCGCAGACACACGCCUAGGCCGGGCACGGCGCCGACGUCAGCAGGAGGAUGGGGCACUUCGAAUCAUUCGGGACAAUCAUAGCGAUUCCCUAGCAACAUUGUAG